AUGUUCUUCUACUUAACAACACUCAGUUUGCAAAAGUUCAUUACAGAGGAUGUACCUGUCCCACCAGAGGAGACUCCAGACAACGACCAGUUUAUCGUGGUUGAGGCAUGGAACCACUCUGAUUUUCUGUGCAAAAACUACAUUCUCAAUGGGUUGGAUGAUGGUUUAUAUAAUGUCUAUAGCGCUUUCAAUGGAGCUUUCCAGGUUGCAGCCUUUAUUGAAAAAUUGCCUCCUUUGUGGAAGGAUUUUAAAAACUACUUAAAGCACAAACGUAAGGAAAUGACAUUAGAAGAUCUAAUUGUCCGGCUUAGAAUUGAGGAAGACAACAAAUCUGCUGAGAAGAAGGCCAAUGGAAAACAUGCAAUAAUGGGGGAAAACAUCGUUGAAACUGCUCCUACAAGUUCAAAGAACAGGAAGCGGGCUUCUAAAGGGAAGAAUGUUCCAAGCAAGAAGAAAUUCAAAGCAAGUUAUUAUAAUUGCGGCAAAUUUGGACACAUGGCUUCAGACUGUCGUGCUCCGAAAAAUAAUAAUAAUAAGAAGAAAGGUCAAGCCAAUCUGGCUGAAAUGAAUAAUGAAGUGGAUAAUCUAUGUGCCAUAUUGUCAGAAUACAACUUGGUAGGUAACCCACGAGAGUGGUGGAUAGACUCGGGCGCUACUCGCCACGAGUGUUCUAACAAGGAAUUCUUUUCUUCUUAUGAUGCAGCUAGCCCCAACAAGACGAUCUUUAUGGCAAAUUCUGCUACUGCCAAAAUCGAGCGAACAAGCAACAUUGCCUUGAAGAUGACAUAUGGAAAGAUUGUGAUGCUCAAGAAUGUCCUUCAUGUUCCAGAAAUGCGGAAGAACUUAGUCUCAACUUCACUACUAGUCAAGAAUGGAUUUAAAUGA